AUGUUCUCCCGCUCUGCACUGCGCAGCCUUGCGCAAGACCUGCGUUUGACUACGCCCUCGGCCAUUCCGUCGGCUCCCCUUCCGCAACGAGUCUUUUUGCAUCAAGCGGCUUCGCUCAGGAACGCGCAGCCCCAAUCCUCGACGCAAUCGUCAUCUCUCAACCCCGACACACCUCUCAGCGCUACACCACAGGCACAAGACACCCAACCCGAGAUCCAACAAGGCUUCAAGGCACCUUCGGGCAACCCAACUACCACCCCCAACACGCCCGCCGACACUUUUAUCCCUCAGACCCGCAACCACAUCCCCAUUGAGAAGCAACCUGUACCACCGACCUUUGACUCUCCCCUCAAAGUAACCCAGUCUCUCAUGUCGCGGCUCCCACACCUAGUUGGCCAGACACCCCACUACAUCGUGGCCGAGCUGCACGCUCGCCCUUACCUGUUGACGGAAGGUGAUCACCUUCGUCUGCCGUUCCUCAUGCCCAAGGUCAAGCCGGGGGAUGUUCUGCGAUUCAACCGGGCUACUGCACUCGGGUCACGCGACUUUACCCUUAAGGGGACGCCGCAUGUCGAUGAGCGGUUGUUCGAGUGCCGAGUGCGGGUCACGGGCGUGGAGUCUGAACCGCUUCGCAUCAAGGAAAAGACGAAGCGGAGACAGCGACACGUUAAGAAGGCUCUGAGUAAACAUCGGUACACGGUGAUGAGAGUCAUGGAUGUGAAGGUGAAGACCCCGGACGAGUUGCUGCAGGAAGGCACGCAGGUGGUGGAGGAUGCGGAGGACUCGCCCGAAAUUGAAACUCGGGCAUGA